AUGAGCUCUCAGAAAGUUUUUGGUAUUACGGGACCCGUAUCCACUGUGGGUCCCACGGCAGCUGAAAAUAAAUUGAAUGAUAGUUUAAUUCAAGAGUUGAAAAAGGAAGGGUCUUUCGAGACAGAACAAGAAACUGCAAAUAGGGUACAGGUACUGAAAAUAUUACAGGAAUUGGCCCAAAGAUUUGUUUAUGAAGUAUCGAAGAAAAAAAAUAUGUCUGAUGGGAUGGCAAGGGAUGCCGGUGGGAAGAUUUUUACCUAUGGUUCCUACAGGCUGGGCGUCCAUGGACCCGGUAGUGAUAUCGAUACUUUAGUGGUUGUUCCAAAGCACGUGACUCGGGAAGAUUUCUUUACUGUAUUUGAUGGGCUAUUAAGAGAAAGAAAAGAACUGGAUGAAAUUGCCCCUGUUCCUGAUGCAUUUGUCCCUAUUAUCAAGAUUAAAUUUAGUGGUAUUUCUAUCGAUUUGAUUUGCGCACGUCUGGACCAGCCUCAAGUACCUUUAUCCCUGACUCUAUCAGAUAAAAACUUACUGCGAAAUCUAGAUGAGAAGGAUUUGAGAGCUUUGAACGGUACCAGAGUAACGGACGAGAUAUUAGAAUUAGUUCCGAAACCUAAUGUUUUUAGAAUUGCUUUGAGAGCUAUCAAGCUUUGGGCGCAAAGAAGAGCUGUUUAUGCUAAUAUUUUUGGUUUUCCCGGUGGUGUGGCCUGGGCUAUGCUAGUUGCUAGAAUCUGUCAACUAUACCCAAACGCUUGCAGUGCAGUUAUAUUAAACAGAUUUUUCAUUAUUUUGUCAGAAUGGAAUUGGCCACAACCGGUUAUUUUAAGGCCAAUUGAGGAUGGUCCAUUACAGGUCCGUGUAUGGAAUCCAAAGAUUUAUGCUCAAGACAGGUCUCAUAGAAUGCCUGUUAUUACACCGGCCUAUCCUUCAAUGUGUGCUACUCACAAUAUUACAGAAUCUACUAAAAAAGUGAUUUUGAAAGAAUUCGAGAGGGGAGUGCAAAUCACUAAUGACAUUUUUUCCAAUAAAAAGCCUUGGGCUAAUUUAUUUGAAAAACAUGAUUUUUUCUUCAGAUACAAGUUCUACUUAGAGAUCACAGCGUAUACAAGAGGCAACGAUGAGCAACAUUUGAAAUGGAGCGGCCUUGUUGAAAGUAAGGUGAGGCUUCUAAUUAUGAAACUAGAAGUGUUGGCAGGAAUCAAAAUUGCACAUCCCUUCACUAAGCCAUUUGAAAGCAGUUAUUGCUGUCCAACAGMAGAUGACUAUGAAAUGAUUCAGGACAAAUACGGUAGCCAUAAAACUGAGCCAGCAUUAAACGUGCUCGAAAAGGUCACAGAUGAAAAUAAAGAGGAUGAGAGCAUCAAAGAUGAACCUAAGGCAUAUCUAACCACCAUGUAUAUAGGCCUUGAUUUCAACAUUGAGAACAAAAAGGAAAAAGUUGAUAUUCACAUUCCAUGUACAGAAUUCGUAAACCUGUGUCGAAGCUUCAAUGAGGAUUAUGGCGACCAUAAAGUUUUUAACCUAGCUCUACGCUUUGUUAAAGGCUACGAUUUACCGGAUGAGGUUUUUGAUGAAGAUGAAACAAGGCCAUCAAAAAAGAGCAAAAGGAGGAAUUUAGAUGCCACUCGUGAGACCGUAAAAAGAUCUAAGUCUGAUGCUGCCUCAUCAAGCGAUAAUGUCAACGGUGCGACCGCCGCAGUUGACGUAAAUUAA